CCGGGACAUGCAGGAUCGGGGCCAAGAGCAAAGAUCUCUAGGAGGGGGGGAAAAUGAAUGAAAUCAAGGAGAGCCUGCGGAGCAUUGAACAGAACUACAAGGUCUUUCAGCAACAGCAGUUCACCUUUAUUACUGCGCUGGACCACACCCGAGAGAACGCCCACGACAAGAUCAAGCCCGUAACAAGCAUCGGACAGGUGCAAACGUACAUGGACCAUCACUGCAACAAUUCCACCGACAAACGCAUCCUCCUCAUGUUCCUCAACAUUUGUGCUGAUCUGAGCAGGCUUUGCCAGAGGCUGGAAACCCUCCAUUCCGGUAACUCCACGACCAACGCGCUCCUGGAGAAAUGUAAGGUGCUGGUGAGCCACAGCAAUGACCUCAGCGGAAUCCGAGCCAAGUACCCCCACGAUGUGGUGAACCACCUCAGCUGUGAUGAAGCCCGGAACCACUACGGCGGCGUGGUCAGUCUCAUCCCGAUUGUCCUGGAUUGUAUGAAGGAAUGGGUCGCCCACAGCGAGAAGCUCCCUCGGAACCUGCUGCAGAGUGCUCCUUAGCUCUGGUCUUUUUGACCUCCUACCGGAAGAUGCUUCUGAAUAAAGCCAUUUCCCCUGCAUGCACGGCUCGUUGCUAGACUUCUAGAAGUGCUCUUGCGAUCAGAUGCCAAAAGGAA